UAUGAAUGCUAAAUGCAAACCACGUGGUGUGAAAGCAGACUGCAGCUUCUUUUGUUCAAAUCAAUCAAACCGGAGACGGACAGAGAGCUGCUGAAUCAGGAAAUCACCGUUAGAACUGCAAAAAGAUGCCCCGUAAGAAGGUGACCGACGUAUCAGGGAACGGAGGGAUGAAGAGGAAGAGGGCGACGGGGAAGAGGAAAGACCGAGACUUCAGCAGUGACGACGAGUUCGACUUUGAGCAGGAGAACAACAAGAAACCCGGCAAGCCUGCAGCCAAGUCCGGGCUCCAGCCUGUCACUGUGGCGGACGACGUCAAGGAGAAAAUAAAACUGGAGCUACCAAAGGUCAGAGGUCAACUUCUCAUCUUUGGGGCAACCAACUGGGAUUUGAUUGGAAGAAAGGAGGUUCCCAAGCAACAAGCUGCUUUCCGUAACCUGGGCCAGAACCUGUGGGGUCCUCACCGGUACGGUUGCCUGAACGACGUCCAGGUCAGCUGUGUGGUGUCGGGCCCCUGUGCUGCUCACAGCCUCCUCCUGACCACUGAGGGCAAGCUCUGGAGCUGGGGUCGUAAUGACAAAGGUCAGCUCGGCCACGGGGACACCAAACGUUUGGAGGCUCCAAAGCUGAUCGAGGGCCUGGCCGAUCAGGUGAUCGUUUCUGCAGCCUGCGGACGCAAUCAUACCAUGGCACUUACAGAGGACGGCACCGUUUAUUCCUUCGGUGAAAACAAACUGGGUCAGCUCGGCCAAGGCAGCCAGACUGAUGCAGUCCUCAGCCCGGCACCGAUUUCCUACAAUGGUCAGCCUCUGGUGAAGGUAGCCUGCGGUGCUGAGUUCAGCAUGGUGGUGGACUGCAAAGGAAACCUGUAUUCGUUCGGCUGCCCUGAGUAUGGGCAGUUAGGCCACAACAGCGACGGCAAGUUUAUCGCCCGAGCCCAGCGCAUCGAGUUUGACUGCGAGCUCAUCCCCCGACGUGUUGCUAUCUUCAUUGAGAAGUCCAAGGACGGUCAGGUCAUGCCGGUGCCCAACGUGGUGGUGAGGGAUGUGGCCUGUGGAGCCAACCACACGCUGGUGCUGGACUCCCAGAAGCGUGUGUUCAGCUGGGGUUUCGGAGGCUACGGCCGUCUGGGCCACACAGAGCAGAAAGACGAGAUGGUUCCCCGACUCGUCAAGCUGUUUGACUUCCCGGGACGCGGCGCUGCCCAGAUCUACGCCGGCUACCAGUGCUCCUUCGCCCUCAACGAAAUGGGGGGGCUGUUCUUCUGGGGAGUGACCAACACCUCCAGAGAAUCCACCAUGUACCCCAAAGCCGUGCAGGAUCUGUGUGGGUGGAAGAUCCGGAGCCUGGCCUGCGGGAAAAGCAGCAUCAUCAUUGCAGCAGACGAGAGCACAAUCAGCUGGGGGCCGUCGCCCACAUGUGGAGAGCUGGGAUACGGAGACAACAAGCCCAAAUCCUCCACAACUGCUCAGGAAGUUAAAACUCUGGAUGGCGUCUACGUCGAGCAGGUGGUGAUGGGCUACUCCCACUCCUUGGUCAUCGCCAGGCAAGACACUGAGCAGGAACAGGAGAAGCUGAAGAAGCUGCCUGAGUACAACCCCCGAACCAUCUAGGAGGAACCCAGCUGCCUCAGCCAGCUGGCGCUCCUGACCCGGUAACCGGUGGGACAGAGGAGUUUGGGCAGAAAACAUCUCAACUACCAGCAGACUGGCUGCAAGCGAAUUGGGACACUAAAAACCAGAGAGGAGACGAUGGAUCUGCAGAGCGUCUCUCCCAGCUCUUCAGGAUUUGCAGUCGUGCUUCCGCCCCCCAUUAGUCCUUGUAUCAUUUGAUUUUCCACUUUAACGUUCUUCUUCUUCUCGUGUCGUUUGUUUGAAAAUGUCAUGUUUCCUGGUGCUACAGCAGCUUUUAGCUGCUGAGGGGUUUCAGAGACCAAUCCUCCAUACCUGUGCCUUUUCUCUACGUCCAUUUCGGGGUAUGGAGGCCAUGAUGAAUCGGUGGUUUAGCAGUUUGAGCCUGUGUCUGCUGCUGCCGCCGCCUCUGAUUGCAAACAUUUGGAAGCUGAUGUUCUGAGCUGGUGCACUCCACUUGAUGUUACAUUCCUUUAAUCUUCUUCCUUCAGUGUUUGUAUCCAGGAUACUCACUCCAUAAGCGGAGCUUGUCUUCGCCAAGCCUUCGUUUAUCCCAACGCUCAAAGCGGAUCCACGAGCAGGCCAGAACUUCCAGAACCGAUCUGUUCUUAUCAGGCAGAGUUCUGUUUGUACUGCUUUCUAUUUUUAUGACGAGAUUUCUUGGUUACAUUGUUUGUUUUUUCAUUGCAAUGGUUAAAUAAAAUCCAUGUAAAAUGAGCUCAUGUUGCUU